AUGAGUGGACAAGAUGUUGGAAAGUAUCAAUGGAUAUCAAUAGAAAUGAACAGAAUCAGCUUAGAAAACAUUGAAACGAUUCCUCGAGGUACUCCUUCUGAGACAAUAGACUUUCAUGCAAAUCAGCAGCUUUUCUCCAAUGAACAUCAACCUACUGGAAAAACUGUUCGAGAAGGAUCUGAUAUUUUACGUCUACAAGACGAAGACUUUCGUGCUCGUAUUAAUGAUAUUUCAACAGGUCGAACGCACGUGAAUAACGACGAUCAAUCUCAAGUUAGUGUCGCAGAGUAUGAUCCAGUCGUGCAUCCAGAUGAUAAACAUGGUCGAGUUUACUUAUCGAUUCGAUUUAAUCAGGAGUCUAGUCAAUUAAUCGUACAAAUUCUUGAUGCACAAGGUCUUAUACGACCUGAGCAAGCCUAUGCACCUGAAAUGAGUAUGAACUUUUCACUGAUUGGAAAUGGUCAGAAGGAAAAACAUUCACGAGUCUUUGUUGAAAAUGCUGCCGUUCUGUGGAAAGAACCAAUGGUCUUUUCCGAUACUCACGACAAGCUUCUUGGGCAAACAUUGCAUAUACUUGCUACAAAUGAUACCGAUCCGUCGGCACCACGUGAUCGAGAAGCCUUUAUUCGUCUACGAAAUCUUUCACGUAACGGCGAUGAAAUAAAACAAUGGUACAAUUUGAAAUUUGUCGCGUCAUCAUGA